AUGCGGGCGGCCGCCUGCCUCUUCUCCCUGGUGCUUUGCGCCCUGGCCGCUGCUCCAGGAGGAGCUGAGCGGCGGGGCGAGAGCCGCUUCGCGGAGCGGGAGAGCAUCAGGCCCCUGCGGCUGGUCGGCGAGGGUGGCAGCGGGGGGCGGCGGCAGGCACUGAGUACGCGAGUGCGGAGUGGCGUGGCACGGACGCAGUCUACCCACAUUGCUCGAGCCAGCUUCCAAGUUGAUGCUUUUGGAUCAUCUUUCAUCCUAGAUGUGACGCUAAACCAUGACCUCCUGUCUUCUGAAUAUCUUGAGAGGCAUAUCGAGGAAGGUGGGAAGACGGUGGAAGUGAAAGGAGGAGAACAUUGCUAUUAUCAGGGAGAAAUUCGAGGAAAUCCUGUAUCAUUUGUUGCCUUGUCAACAUGCCAUGGAUUACAUGGGAUGUUCUAUGAUGGAAAUCAUACUUACCUUAUUGAGCCAGAUGAAAACUACACUUCAGAUGAUGACUUCCAUUUCCAUUCUGUUUACAAAUCCAAGUUGUUUGAGUUUCCUUCAGAUGACCUGCCAUCUGAAUUCUGGCAAAUGAAUGCGACAUCACAGAAAUUUGUUGUAAAGCCAAGGUACAAAAGAAGUAAAAGGCAGGUUCGUCGGAUUCCACGCAAAGUUGAAGAGGAAACAAAAUACAUUGAGUUGAUGAUUGUAAAUGAUCAUCUAAUGUGUAAAAAGCACCGCUUAUCAGUUGGCCAUACAAACAGCUAUGCUAAAUCAGUUGUGAACAUGGCGGAUUUAAUAUAUAAGGAACAACUUAACACCAGGAUAGUAUUGGUUGCCAUGGAAACCUGGGCUACUGAUAACAAGUUCACCAUAUCUGAAAACCCCUUGGUGACCCUACGUGAAUUUAUGAAAUAUAGGAGGGAUUUUAUCAGAGAGAAAAGUGAUGCAGUUCACCUUUUUUCGGGGAGUCGAUUUCAGAGCAGUCGAAGUGGCAUAGCCCAUACUGGUGGCAUCUGCUCCUUACUUAAAGGUGGAGGUGUGAAUGAGUUUGGAAAGCCAGACUUAAUGGCAGUUACCCUGGCUCAGACCUUGGCCCAAAACAUCGGCAUUUUCUCAGACAGAAGAAAAAUUCUAAGUGGUGAGUGUAAGUGUGAGGACACGUGGUCUGGAUGCAUAAUGGGAGACAUGGGGUAUUAUCUUCCAAGCAAGUUCUCCAAGUGUGAUAUUGAAGAGUAUCAUGAAUUUUUAAACAGUGGAGGUGGAGCCUGCCUUUUCAAUAAACCAACCAAACUUCUGGAUCCUCCAGAAUGUGGCAAUGGCUUUGUGGAAGAUGGAGAAGAGUGUGACUGUGGGACAAUCGCGGAGUGUGCCAGCGAAGGAGGAGAGUGCUGCAAUACUUGCACCCUAACGGCAGGCUCCCAGUGCAGCAACGGGCUUUGCUGUCGGAAGUGCCGGUUUGAACCUAAAGGAGUUUUGUGCCGAGAAGCAGUGAAUGACUGUGAUAUUGCAGAGAACUGCACAGGAAAUUCCAGUCAGUGUUCUCCCAAUAUUCAUAAAAUGGAUGGAUAUUCAUGUGAUAACGAGCAGGGUAUUUGUUUUGGAGGAAGAUGUAAAACCAGGGACCGGCAGUGUAAAUAUAUCUGGGGUGAAAAAGUGACAGCUGCUGACAAGUACUGCUAUGAGAAGCUGAAUAUUGAAGGGACUGAGAAAGGAAACUGUGGAAGAGACAAGGACUCUUGGAUACAGUGCAAUAAACAGGAUGUGCUUUGUGGAUACCUUCUGUGCUCCAAUAUAUCCAGUGUGCCCAGACUUGGAGAACUUGAUGGUGAAAUCACAUCGUCAAUCCUACAGUUUGGAAAAGUCUACAAUUGCAGUGGUGGCCAUGUGAAGCUUGAUGAGGAGACGGACCUGGGUUAUGUGGAGAACGGGACGCCUUGUGGGCCAAGCAUGGUGUGCCUUGAGCAUCGCUGCCUCCCCAUCAAGGCCUUCAACUUCAGUACCUGUCCAGGCACCACAGACAGCCAGAUUUGUUCAGGACACGGUGUUUGUAGCAAUGAAAUAAAGUGUGUCUGUGACCGAUUCUGGGGAGGAGAAGAUUGCAGUUCUCGCAUCAAAGAUGACCUAUAUUUUGAUAAAGAUGCUAUCAAUAAAGGUGUUGUUAGCACAAAUAUAAUAAUAGGGGCUAUUGCUGGCACCAUUUUAGUGUUGGCUCUCGUUUUAGGAAUAACUGGUUGGGGUUACAAAAACUACAGAAGGCAGAGACAAAUACCCCAGGGAGAUUAUGUAAAAAAGCCUGGAGAGGCCGACUCUUUUUAUAGCGACAUGCCUCCUGGAGUCAGCACAAACUCUGCAUCUAGUUCUAAGAAGAGGUCAAAUGGAUUAUCUCAUUCUUGGAGUGAAAGGAUCCCAGACACAAAACAUAUUUCAGACAUUUGUGAAAAUGGGAGGCCUAGGAGUAAUUCUUGGCAAGGUAAUAUAGGAGGAAACAGAAAGAAAGUCAGAGGCAAAAGAUUUAGGCCACGGUCUAAUUCAACUGACAGGGUAACCCAUGCAUCUGAGCCUGGGCUUUCUCUCGCCCACCAAAACCCGGCCCAAGGCAUAAGCCCAGGGGGUUCUGAUCACCCCCAAACAGGGAGUCGGGAUCACAGGUAUUUAAACCCAUGGUUCAAAAGAGAAUAUAAUGUAGCUAAGUGGGUAGAAGAUGUGAAUAAAAACACAGAAGGACCAUACUUUAGGACACUGUCUCCUGCAAAGUCUCCAUCUUCGUCCACUGGAUCUAUCGCUUCCAGCAGAAAAUACCCUUACCCAAUGCCACCUCUUCCUGAUGAGGAGAAAAAAGCCAACAGGCAAAGUGCCAGGCUAUGGGAGACGUCCAUUUAGCUGCACUGUACUCCUGGGGUGACAUCAGAA